AUGUCAUCCGAAGAGAGCCCCGAGUACUCGCCGUUCUUCGCUGUGAUGGGAGCCUCCGCGGCCAUGGUCUUCAGCGCUCUAGGCGCAGCGUAUGGAACAGCAAAAAGCGGCACGGGCAUCGCUGCUAUGUCUGUGAUGAGGCCAGAGCUCAUUAUGAAGUCCAUCAUUCCAGUGGUCAUGGCGGGUAUCAUCGCCAUCUACGGGCUGGUGGUGGCAGUGCUGAUAGCGAACAACAUCUCUGAAAGGGUCACGCUCUACAAGAGCUUCCUUCAUCUAGGCGCCGGUCUGAGCGUGGGCCUGAGCGGUCUGGCGGCCGGCUUUGCAAUCGGCAUCGUAGGGGACGCCGGCGUGAGAGGCACGGCCCAGCAGCCCCGCCUCUUCGUGGGCAUGAUCUUGAUCCUGAUCUUCGCCGAGGUGCUGGGGCUUUACGGCCUGAUCGUGGCUCUUAUCCUAUCUACAAAAUAA